UACCAAAAUGCCGCUAGCACAAAUUCCGUCAAUUAGCCUGCUUCGUCGGUUCUCCCGCAAACACCGUCAAAUUCUCCGUGCUUCCAUAUCCUGUACUUCAUCUCCCUUUGCUGCCUCAACUCCCGACCAUAAGAGCGUCCAAGCUUUUCGUAAUCGCCGUCCGGUAACUCGCAGUUCUUCCCUAUCCAUUCAGGGUUUGGGUGAAUCUUGAAGUCCUUGAUCAAGAGCAAGCAAGGAUGACCACUAUUCGAAGAUUUUGCUGCAACGAUCUUCUCCGAUUCACACCUGUUAAUCUAGAUCAUCUCACCGAAACUUUCAAUAUGUCGUUCUAUAUGACUUACUUGGCUAGGUGGCCUGACUAUUUUCAUGUGGCCGAAGCUCCGGGCAACCAAAUCAUGGGUUACAUUAUGGGAAAAGUUGAAGGGCAAGGUGAAUCUUGGCACGGUCAUGUUACUGCUGUUACCGUAUCCUCUGAAUAUAGAAGGCAACAGUUGGCCAAGAAACUGAUGAAUUUACUGGAAGACGUCAGUGAUAAGAUUUACAAGGCUUACUUUGUUGAUCUCUUUGUGAGAGCAUCAAACGUGCCAGCCAUAAAGAUGUACGAGAAGCUUGGCUACAUAAUAUACAGGAGAGUGCUACGGUAUUACUCUGGAGAAGAGGACGGGUUAGAUAUGAGGAAAGCUCUAUCACGAGAUGUGGAGAAGAAGUCCAUCAUUCCCCUUAAACGGCCGAUUACACCAGAUGAACUGGAGUAUGACUAAUGACAAAUCCGUCUUGUUCUUUAUUUGGCUUUUCUUGAUUAUGUAUGACUGACACAUAGCUGGGAAUAAAUCAAGUUUUGAACGUGGGUGUAUUUUCUUUUAGUGGCUUUGUGGUUUUGUUCGUACUGUCCAGAUGUCUUCGGAUCAUCCUCCAUCUUUAUGAAAUGAGUUCUUACAGUGGUGUUUUUGGUUCAUUAAGCAGUGUUUGAAAGUACGUGAGGGCAUUCAUCAUGCAGAAUUAGGGGGUUUUGGUCCCCUUAACAGAAGAAUAUAAUUGCACAGCCCAACAAGUUUUGUAUCCACAAAUUGUGUGUCUUGUUGUAUACUUGUCUAAAUUCUAGAGUCUACACAAACAAAAGUCAAAUGGUACUUCAUACGGAGUAUAUUUUAGCUUCUCUUUGGCCGAUUAAAUGUUUUU